AUGUUUAAAAGUGAACAGCUUUUUUUAGAAUCCCUGAAUGAUGGAGUACUGAAGGCUUUUCAAUAUUGUUUUCGGUUCUUAAGACAUGGACAGAAAAAAACUUUUAUGCUCGGUUUAUCCACUUCUAUUAUUAAAGAGUUUCUAGUUGAUUCUAGGAAUUACCCUGUGGAAACUGUACAAAAGCUUUGCUCCUCGAAUAUGGCGGACGAGCUAAAAUACAAAAUUCGACCUGUGCAUAUAGACGUCCAAGCAGAAGACGAGUCGGCAAGCUAUAUUAGAAGUUAUCUAGGAAAAGAAGGAUUGAAAUCGUUUGGAGGUUCUCACUGGUGGCUAUAUCGUAACAGCCCAUUGAAAGCAUGGUGGUUUAAAAAAAAACAACCAACGCAACAUCUGUCCAGAGAUGAGAAAAUAAUUUUUUACGUACAUGGUGGUGCCCAUUACUUGAGCACGGUACGAACGAAUGCUUAUCACAUUCAAAAGCACACUUCUGCCCUUGGAGUCCGAACAUUUGCUCCUGAGAUACGUUUGGCACCUCAAUUUCCAGCUCCCUGCUCAUUACAUGAUAUCCUAUCUAGCUAUUUAUAUCUAAUACGAAAGCAUGACCCAAAAAACAUUAUAUUUAUUGGAGAUUCCUCUGGUGCCAGCCUUAUUCUUUCUCUUUUGAUUUUAAUGCGAGAUUGCAACAUCCCUUUACCUGCUGGGACUGUCUUGAAUUCUCCAUGGGUUGAUUUAACCCAUAGCCUUCCUUCGAUAGUUGAUGAUUAUUCCACUGACUACAUACCCCCGGAAGGAUUCCAUCAUCGUGCAAGUAGAUACUGGCCUGUUGCAAACGUGGAUACAUUAUUUGCUAGCACAACAUCGUCCAUGAAGAACUUAUCAAAGGAAGAAUUAUGUAAAAUAAUAUCUGAAAGAAUGCAGCAUCAAGUAGAGAAAAUAAAGUCUGUUAUUCCUGCAUUUCGAAAGCUAGGCAAGGAAAACGGACGGAUGUCCUACAGAGAUGCACAGGAUCGUUUGGAUCCAAAUUUUUUCUACACAUUUCCCUUUCAAGUUCAAUUUUACGCUCCUAACCAUCUAUUAACCCAUCCUUUGGUUAGUCCUUUGUUUACGGAAAACUUAGGCGGUCUUCCUCCAACGUUGGUCUUGGGAGGCGCUUCCGAAAGACUUCGAGAUGAAAUUGUUUAUAUUGCACAUAGGAUGGCAAAAGAUGUGUAUAAUGGGGAAAAGACAAAAGUUCAAUUAGAGCUGUACGACUCUUGCUGUCAUGUGGUAACUGCUUUACCCUUUGUCAGUGAAGCCCACAUCAUGGCUCGACGUAUAGCCAAUUUUUCUUAUUGGUGUUUAAAGCGAGAAGACAACAGCUUCGUUUCUCGCAAUAAACACAUUACCGGCGAACUUCCUUCUUCAUUAGAUGAGAUGGUCCGUCUUCGAAUUUCGCGCGACGGAAAGGAGCGGCCAAUGGAGUCAGAAUCUGAAAUGCCAAGCCUUCGAAUUUCAAGGGAAGUACUUGGUACAAUACAAAUAGAAGCUUUAUGCAGAUGGAUAGAUGUUGAUUUUGAAAUUUUAUCUAAGGAUGGUGCGAAAGCUGCGAAGCUUUUUGGUGAAUUUAAGCAUGCUGAAAUUCAUGGCUACCUAGAAAAGCCGGAAUAUUUUAUCCAGGAAGGUGAGAAUCCCCCGAUAUCUGCGGUGGUAGCGAAUUCUAAAAUACACCCUCAAGACUCUAGCAAAGGAAGUUUCUUCGAGAGCUGUUUAUAG